GUAGGACAUUUCAAUAAAACGUGUCCGGACUACUUGGGUUAAAAUUAAUCCUGUAAUAGUAAUCCAAGUUUCUUUCGUGAAGCAGUUUAUUGGAUACCAUGAUAAUGGUGUUUGUGGUUUAAUAAAUACGUGUUCAAUCUUGAAGUUGGAGUGCAGUCUUUGUUUGCGUGUAUAUUGUGUUGGAUGUUCCUUUGUUGAAUUGAGCAAGUCAGCAAGAAGAAGUUUGAGAUAUUGAUGUAAAGAAUUAACAUGCGUGAGUCACAUGGUGUUUGGUUGUGUUUACUUUUACCGUACCUUUAAAACAUUGUGUUACUGUUAUAUUAAAAUCUGUCAAAUAACAUGCUGCUAAAAUAAAAACAUUCGGGGGCAAAGUCCCUACAAGCAAUAUUAUGCCAACGCGCAUCAAGGAAGAAUGUCGACCAAUCCACUAUCGUUUCAAACACCACGUGCGGUAUCACAUGUUAUACGUCAUUGCGGAUGUGCGACUCUCCCUCUCUUAAACUGUGGUGGUGAAUCGUUAAUUGAAAAUGGCUUUCAAUAUUUAUUGGAGCAGAAUGAUUCAGUUACUUAUUCGAAUGUGAGACAUUUAAUUAUAUUGAACAACGUGUAUUACUUCUGACGUUAACUACACUUGAAAUCCGUUCAACAAACGAGAGCACAAGUUUUGAAAAUGUUCACAAUGAGGCAGGCUCUGCAGCAGAAAAUAACUAAAAACUUGCGAGCAAUAAAAAUAUAUAUUGAUGCAAAAGAUUUUAUUGACAUAUUCAUUGAGAAAAAUGUCUUUGAAACUAGCGAUCAAGAUGAAAUCAUGGGAGUCAAUCCACGUACUAAGGAAAAUAGAAAUAAUUGCUUUAUUAAAAAACUGCUACAGAAAGACGAUUCUGCAUACACUCUAUUCAUAUAUGCAUUGAAAGAACUUGGGUAUCAAUACUUAGCGGACCUACUUGAAAAUACCAAAGUCGAUUCACCAAAUCAAGAGGCAGGAGUGCUUAAUGAGACAGCCUCAGGGAAACAAGACACGAAGUCGGUCACAAGAGACACAAUAGGAGAGAAAAUCAGGGAUGUCAAGACGAAUGAUAAUAAAGACAACUACUCGCAUGACAAAGAGGCGGGUGUGCUUGACAUAGAUUCGGUCAUAAUCGACUGCAGUAAAACUAUAAUAUCCAACACAGAGGCAGGUGUGCAUGAACUGUCAGCACAGACAGUAAAAGGGAAACAAGACAUAGAAUCGGUCACAAUGGAAGGAAGUGACACUAUAAUAUCCAACACAGAGGCAGGUGUGUAUGAACUGUCAGCACAGACAGUAAGAGGGAAACAAGACAUAGAAUCGGUCACAAUGGAAGGAAGUGACACUAUAAUAUCCACCACAGAGGCAGGUGUGCAUGGACUGUCAGCACAGACAGUAAAAGGGAAACAAGACAUAGAAUCGGUCACAAUGGAAGGAAGUGACACUAUAAUAUCCACCACAGAGGCAGGUGUGCAUGAACUGUCAGCACAGACAGUAAAAGCGAAACAAGACAUAGAAUCGGCCACAAUGGAAGGAAGUGACACUUUAAUAUCCACCACAGAGGCAGUUGUGUAUGAACUGUCAGCACAGACAGUAAGAGGGAAACAAGACAUAGAAUCGGUCACAAUGGAAGGAAGUGACACUAUAAUAUCCACCACAGAGGCAGGUGUGCAUGAACUGUCGGCACAGACAGUAAAAGGAAAACACGGCAUAGAAUCGGCCACAAUGGAAGGAAGUGACACUAUAAUAUCCACCACAGAGGCAGGUGUGCAUGAACUGUCAGCACAGACAGUAAAAGGGAAACAAGACAUAGAAUCGGCCACAAUGGAAGGAAGUGACACUUUAAUAUCCACCACAGAGGCAGGUGUGCAUGAACUGUCAGCACAGACAGUAAAAGGGAAACAAGACAUAGAAUCGGCCACAAUGGAAGGAAGUGACACUAUAAUAUCCACCACAGAGGCAGGUGUGCAUGAACUGUCAGCACAGACAGUAAAAGGGAAACAAGACAUAGAAUCGGCCACAAUGGAAGGAAGUGACACUAUAAUAUCCACCAUAGAGGCAGGUGUGCAGGAGUUGACAGCACAGACAGUAAGAGGGAAACAAGACAUAGAAUCGGUCACAAUGGAAGGAAGUGACACUAUAAUAUCCACCACAGAGGCAGGUGUGUAUGAACUGUCAGCACAGACAGUAAGAGGGAAACAAGACAUAGAAUCGGUCACAAUGGAAGGAAGUGACACUAUAAUAUCCAACACAGAGGCAAGUGUGUAUGAACUGUCAGCACAGACAGUAAGAGGAAAACAAGACAUAGAAUCGGUCACAAUGGAAGGAAGUGACACUAUUAUAUCCAACACAGAGGCAGGUGUGCAGGAGCUGACAGUUCAGACAGUUAGAGGGAAACAAGACAUAAAAUGGGCUACAACAAAAGUAAGUAACACUAUAAUAUCCACCACAGAGACAUGUGUGCAAGAACUUAAUGUACAGCUACUUAGAGGAAAACAAGACAUUGAAUCAGUCAGAAUCGACCGCAGUAGCACGAUACUAUCCACCACAGAGGCAGGUGUGCAGGAGCUGGAAGCACAUACACUUAGACAUAGAAUCGGUCACUAUGGAUGGCAUUAACAAUGUAAUAUCAACCACAGAGGCAAGUAAGCAUGAACUGAAAGAACAGAUUGCGAGAGGGAAAGAUGACAUACGAUCGGAUUUAAAGACCGUAAAAGAGGAAAUUGUGGCUCAAGCAAAACGGGAAGUCGGCGAUUUCAAGACAAAUGGUGACGAAGUGGACUAUUCGCAACGCAAAGGUGAGCAUGCGUACAUACAAUUUCUGUUAACAAUUACACUUGUUCAAACUGUCGUAUGAACACAUGCUUGGAAUAUCUGGAAACAUAUUGAUU